GCCUAUAAUAUUGACAGGAAGAUUAAAAUAUGAUUAUUCAUGUCAUUAAUACAUUCCAGUCAACUGCUUCAUCAUGGUUAACCCUAACCCAUUUGACAAAGUACAUACAUCACAGCAUCACAACAGUAUCCACAUAGAGCUACAAGUGCAUUUAAUUGGGCAAAAGCAAGACACUUUCGUGCUUCUCAGGGUAAAAAGGCAGAAAAUCGUGUUUAAAUCUCUAGCACAAGACCUUAAGCAAUUUGCAUAACCUAUUUGGUCCUAUACAAUAUUUUCUUACCAACUGCUUUCCCUGGAUGAAAGUUUGCACUAUACUCUUCAUCUGUGUGAUGUACCACUCAGGAUCUCUGUUUAUUCUUGUGCAAUCUAAUCUGCCAGACUACAGGGAAUUUCAAGGGACAUUUCUCCUGCAGCUUCCUAACCAUCUUAACCAGGCACUGCAAAUAUUCUCGUCAAAACACACACACACACGUCAAGAUUUCUAAGGAAGACCAAGUUCUUCUCCUCAGACACCUCAAUUUUGUCCUGUAGGAGCUCCCGUUUCCCAACCCGCCACAGUAAACUCUUAUCAUGACAACAAGCAGUUAGUUACUAAGUUCUUCCUAUUAAUUGAUACAGGUUAAUCAAAUUCAAAUUAAUUAAUCAAAAUCUUAAGAGUGAUAAUUACCAUCAAGAGCUCGGUCAAAUCUUUGGCCAAAAAGGGCAACACUGGCUUGUCUGUUUGGUAUCUGGUUAAGAAGAUGUUAGAGCUUCUUGAUAUGACAAGAAAGAAGUCCAGUUUUGGGAUGAUAAGAGGAUCCCCUUGCCAAGAUGGUGUUGUAUGAGACCAUGUUGGGUUUUUGGACCUUCUUCUCUGCAGCAGCCAUGCAUGGGCCAAUCUGCUAUUGCUCUCUCUGUCACUGGCACAUUUUCCACCCAUCUAUAGCUGCAGAAAGGAAUGGGAAAGCAAGAGGACCCGGUGAGGCUGGUGAAUUCCUCUCUCCGGGCAGGAACACUGUGGAAUAGAAAAUGCAUCCCUCGCAGGAGUUUUUCCAAGCUGCCAUGCUGUAAAGCCUGCCUUCAUUGCAUUGUGGAGGGUAUGCAGUCCACGGCUCCCCACACUGAUGAUUUGAGCACCUCCAUGUAGCUCAGCAUGCUCCUUUUGAAGGAGAUCCAUCAGCUUAAAAUUUACAUUUGGCCCAUCCAUUCCAAUCGACAGAAGCUGCCUCAUAUUCAGUUGUGCGACAGAUUCCUGUGAAUUGUCACAGAAAUACAGUAAAGUUAAAAUAACAAUGUAUUGUUGAAAUUAACUGCAUUUAGUAUCCAGACAGUAAUAUAUGCUUCAACAUUGAAGCUUAGCCUACAAUUAUGGCAUUACAUUUUCCUGAAGUACAAUGUGAGUCAGAUGUUUGGCUACAUACGACAGUGAGCUAGGUCAUUGAUCAAACCUGAUGCUGAAACAUAGUUCAGUCAGCUGAUUUGUCAGAGUAAUAGCCUAAAUCAUUGGUUCUCAAACUGUGGCUCCAUAAUGGUGAUACUCAAAAGUUUACUUUUUUUAUGACUAGGUUAAUAAUCAUUAAACAAACAUACACAAUAAAAUCUGUCAAACAUGCCUAUAACUAAAGUUUGGCUUUAACAGACCCAUGCUCAACCUUCUGAUUAAGCAUUACAGUAAGGUUAUAACACUUCACAAGCCAUGGUACUGUAGGUCAAUGUUGGUCACAAUGGUGGAACUUGGUAAGCCAAAUUUGAAAACCACUGGGCUAGAUAUUGAGCCAGUAUGAGAGGUUGAGCAUGAUCCUGUGGCCUGCCUGCUCUGCUUCUACUUUGUGCCCAGACUGGAGCUAUUGAACCUGAACUAGUAUAUUUAUUUUGCAGGUACUCUACUCCAAAUUCCAUAAAGUAACUAGGUUACUUUUACAACUUGCCAAUAUUAUAGCCACUAUUAUAGACAAUUAACAGGAGGCUGAAUUGAUUAAAUCACAAAUCCAUGAAAAUGUUCAAAUGCAAACAAUGCCUUAUGUAAGCAUAUACUAAUAAUUCUAAUAAUAAGAAAAUAUACUUACUUUGAUGUGGUGCAACAGGUCAUCUGCCCUUGCAUGUGCCAGGAAUUUGGAACCAAAAUACCUUAUGUAAAACAACCAUCCUCCAUGGUAUAUGUCCAUCUGUUUUUUUGUUUUGUUUUUUUUUUUUGAAUAUGUAUUAUUAUCGUCUUUUGUCGAACAUGAGGACAAACGGUCCAGCUUUGUUGACACUUGCAACUAGUUUCUUCUUCAAGUAAGGUGCUAUGCCAAAUCUGAUGAUGUGGCUCAUCUUGUCCUUGCCACACAAAGGAUUUUGCCAUCUCUGAAUCAGUAAACAUGUUCUGGAAGAGUUCUCCUAUCCCUCAUUUAGAGUUGCAUGCGCGGUGUUUAGUUACUGUUUCAAGGCACUACAGAACUUCAGCUCACCAUGUUGAAGUGGGGCAUAGAGUUUGCUGUCCGACGUCUGUCAUAGGUCUGUUCAUGGUGCUGGUUGGCCUACCGCUGGUAGUGGCUUGUGCGAGAGCGGUGGAGGUUAGCAGUGAUGUAGCCAUUGCACUAGCGCAGAACAUCGAAAUCGGUAGUUGCUCACUACGUCCACGUAUUCUUGUUUGGUGGCUAAUAGACUCCAUGUGUGACCUGACGGUAUUCACUCCCAUCCAGGUGAUAUUCAUCGUCUCUUGACAGAUGUGGCAAUAAGCCUCUCAGCUGUUACCAACUACUGGCCUAAGCCAGUCUUUGAAUCUUGGGUCCUCUAACCAGAGGUCCGAAAAACUACAUUUCCCCAUGACUAAAGUCCUAAAGUCAUGGGUGUAGUAUAGUAUUAGGGCUGAAACGAUUACUCGAGUAAUUCGAAUAAUUCGAUUACAAAAAAUGAUCGGGGAAUUUUCACAUGCAUUCACUGCAAGACAGCGCUUGCGUUCCACAAUAGUACAUCCUCAAUGCUGCAGCAUCUCCAACGAAGGCACCCCGUUUAUUCCGAGAGCGGAGGACCGUCACCCGAGACAAGGUAAAAAAGUGAUUGUAGCGCUAAUUAAUGAGAUGGACGUUACUAUAGCUUGCUAACAUAACGUUAGCCCUGCGGAGGGCUUGCUUUCUAUAAAUUAUGACUACUAUCGAUGCGUGGCUAACGUGCCUUUCAUACAGGCUUUAUUUAAUCUGUAAAAACAGUGCUGUAGAUAGUGAUGAGGGUGAAAACAUAAGAAAGCUAACUGGGUAGUUGUCAAUUUUAGCUCAGUAGUCAUUGAUGGGUAAAACAUCAAGUAGCACUGGUGCGUAAAAAUGUGCUCCAAGCAGGUAUCAUAAUUUUAUUGAACACUGCAAAAUCUCAUCAAGAUUUUAACUUUAAACUUCAGAACUUAAAAUUUGGUUGAUAAAAAUGAAAAUUCAAUGUCAAUCAACAAAUUAUCAUCUCUCUUUUUCAGUAAAUCAUCACAGUCUCACAUGGACAAAUUUCUCUACAAAGUGCCAUCAUGUAGCCCCGUGCUAGCAGCUGAGCUUUCAAAUAGCAUUUUAAACAUGAUUGUCACAGACAUGCGCCCACUAAGCAUUGUGGAGGAUGAUGGUUUUAAAGCAAUGGUUUCAACCUUCCAUCCCAAGUACGAGCUUCCAUCAAGAACUUUCUUUACAAAACAGAUGGAGAAAAAGUAUGAAGUAAUCAAAACCAAGAUGAAGCAGGCUCUACAAGAGACCAACAGCAUUGCGCUCACUACUGAUAUUUGGACAAGCAUCGCAACAGAGGCUUAUAUGGGAGUGACAUGUCACUAUAUUGGAAAGAACUGGAACAUGGUGUCCCACUCCCUGACGACGAUGCCCCUUGAAGAGAGACACACCGCUUCAAAUAUUGCAGAGUGGAUUGAGGAGGUGAUUGCCAAAUUUGACAUUCCAGCAAAGAAAAUCAAGGCUGUCGUCCAUGACAACGGUGCGAAUGUCGUAGCAGCAGCAAAGAUUUUGGAAGAAAGACAUGGAUGGGCAUCAGUGAGAUGUGCAGGGCACACCCUCAACUUGGUUGUGCAAAACUCACUGAAAUACCACCAGGCUAUCUCCAAGUGUGUUGCUGCUGCGAGAAGCCUUGUCGAACACUUUAAAAAAAGUGAACUGGCAUGCACAAAGUUGAAGGACAAGCAGAAACAAAUGGGUUGCAAGGAAAACAUGCUGGUGCAAGAUGUCUCCACACGCUGGAACAGCACUUAUGCCAUGUUGUCCAGGCUUCAAGAACAGAGAUGGCCAGUGACUGCCACACUUUCCGACCCAGCAGUGACCCAGAGAGGGAAACACUACCUGGACCUCAAACCUGAACAGUGGAAUCUGAUUGAGGAGCUGAACCAGGUCCUUGAGCCCUUUGAAUCAGCCACAGUGUUUAUGAGUGGACAACAAUAUGUCACACUCUCAGCACUUCCACAUCUUGUGCAAAAACUUAAAAAAAACAUACAGAGUCCAGAAUUUGAGAGUGCACCUGUGAGAUCAUUCCAGACUCAUGCAACAGAACAGGUCACAGAGAGAUGGCAAAGACUACUUGAGUUUAUUCCCGAAUCUCCAAACACCAUCCUACUUGCUGCUGCUCUGGAUCCCAGGUUUUGGAAACUGAGGUUCUUGGCUGCUGGGGAAGUACUCAAAGUCCAAAGUGCAGUACAAGCCAUGGCACUUGCAGCCAAACAGCAAGUGGGGCAGCCCACUGCAAGUAAACAUGGGGCAAACAACAGCACAGCACAAGACACCCCAACAGCAGGACAUGCCAAGAGUAUGACAUCAUUCCUGGACUCAGACUCCACCACCAGUGACGAAGAACAGGACGAGGAGCAGCAGUUACUCCAAACUGUACAUCAGGAGGUCUUAAUGUAUUUUGGAGAACAUCCCCUUUCCAAGAAGGAGAAUCCAUUGACAUGGUGGGAAAAGAAUGCAGCACGCUAUCCAACAUUGGCAGAGCUGGCAAGGUCCCUGCUGUGUAUUCCAGCCACAUCAACGCCAUCAGAGCGUCUGUUUUCAGCUGCAGGUAACAUUGUAUCAAAGAAGAGGGCAAGCCUCAGCCCUGAGCACGUUGAUAUGCUCACCUUCCUUCAUUCCAAUAAAGUUCUCCUUUAAAGGUUGGCAUACAUGCCAUGAGUAAGACAUAGCAAGGUGUGGCCCUUACCUUACCUAUCUUCUGCAUAUUGCACUGCACUCACAUCAGAAAUGUGUAAAACUAAACUAUUGAAUUGAUGCAUGGACUUGUUCUAGUUCAAAUGUUUUUGCCUCCUUUAUGCCACAAAAAAUCCCAAAGGAGACUGUUAUGCCUAUAAAGUCUGUAUAGCCAAAGUAUUUUUUUUCUAUUAUUAAUGGAAAUGUUUUUGGUACUUAAAUGCACUAAAUUGAAAGUUAUUUAUUUUAUUUUAUAUUUGUGUUUUAUUUAUUUUUAUUUUAUUCAAUUCCUGAGAUGCAGUUGCUAUGGCUUUUAAACAAUGUGCAUCUAAUAAAGCCAUUGAUUGUCUAAAAAGUGAAAGAAAUGGUUCAUUAUUACGUGAAAUGUCUUAUUUUCUCAUCUAUAUUUAUAAUUUCUCUUUAACUAAAAAAAAAUAUGUUCUAUCCGAUUACUCGAUGGAAAUUUCAGUAGAAUACUCGAUUACUAAAAUAUUCGAUAGCUGCAGCCCUAUAUAGUAUAGUAGCAAAAUUUUGGCAGAAAGCCAAAGUGCUAUCCAGUUGGACCAUCGACUUAGGCGCACAUUGUUUUACCGCGUGACACACUGUCUGACAUCACAUCAUCUAUACCUCUGAAGUCCUACUCGCACAUAUAAUAUAUGUAAAUAAAUUCCCGCGAUUUUUAGGAGAUAGGCCUGCACUUGCCACAAAUGGAAAAAACUCAGUUGGAUAAUGGUUCUAAAAUUUAAUACCUUGUCAGAUGACUUAAUACUUUUUAAUGGCCUUUUAAUUUAAUUUUCAUCUUUUACAAACACCCUGAGAAUAUAACCUGAUCCUGAUGUUUAAACUUUGACUAAUGAGCUGGUCAUAAUUUAAUCCAUAAGGCUAAACAUUGUCCAAAAUCAUACUGCCUAUACCAUCUGAGAUUAAAUUGUUGUAAACAUUACAAAGGGAUGCUUGUUUUUUAAUGAUGCAAUAUUUGACUGGUAAGGCAUGGCAAUUCAAUGCAAACAAUGUAUAUGCCAUAAUGCAGAUGUGUACAAAUUUGUGUAAGGUUUCACCUGGUAUUUAUGGUGACAACUUGUGGAGCAACCAACUACAUAACUAAUCGCACACAUCCUUACUUCCCACUUAGGUGUCAAAGUAAGUCUGG